CAUAUCUUGCUCGUAUGUAGAUCAUAACAUUCACGAAAUGAAUAAUUCAGAAACCAUUUUGGUCAUUUGCUGAUCAGAGCUCUAGCCACCUCUCUGCCAUUCCUUCCUCCUCCCCUGCUUGGAAAUGCACGUAGGGACACUACCAAUCAACUGCGUCUCCGUGCUGGGAAACCUUGGGGUUGCUUUUAAAUCCCUUCUUUUCCUUCAUCUAGUCAGGCAUUUUCCCCUCCUAGGCAUUUCCAGAGGUUGCGUUAUCUAAGCUGUGACCGACAGGGCAGUCCAGGUUGCAGACUUGUGGCUGCUCACCUGGACUAUAGCCGCAGCCUCCUCCUCCCUCUUUGCUUGCUCUAUUUAAACCUUUCCUCCACAUAGUCAUCAGAGGAAUCUAUCUAAAAGGGUCGUGUGCUGUGCCACUUCCUGGCCUAAUCUUUACUGCUGCCUGUUGCCUGCAGGCUGAGUGCAAGCUCCUUGCCAGGACAUCUGAGACCUUCCUUCAUGACUUCAUCUUUGCCCACCUCUCCAGCUUUAUCUCCUCCCCUCUUUUUAAACUUCCCGCCUCAAAUCAUAUGUCGUGACAACCUGAAAUGCUUGUAUGUCUCUAAGGACCACAUGCUGUUUCUUACUUCCAUCCCUUUGUUCCUGCUGUUCUUCUGCUUGCAAUGCCUCUUUCCUGAUUUUCCCCUUAAUACAUUAGUAUGCAUCCUAUAGGGGCAGCUCGGGUACCAUCCGCCCUAGGAAGCCUUUCCCCACCAAUACUGUUGGGUCUGGUGUUCUCUAGUGCUUCUUCACAAGUGUACUCUGUGCCUCUCUUUAUCAUGUGAGUUCCUUUUGCAUAGCGAUCAUGUCUUAUUCAUUUUUGUACCCUGAGGACUUCAUUCAGUGCUUGGUACAGUGUAAAUGCUCAGUAAAUAUUGGAUGAACAAAUGAAAUGUGCAGAUCCUGAAAAUCUGAAAUAUUUUAUUUUGAGGAAAUUCUUUUGACACUAUUGUUUCUAUAUGUUUCCUAUUAGCUUUAAAUAGUAUUUUCCAUAAUAUUCUUAUUUUUACAGAAUUAAUUUUCUUUUGAAAAAGUUUUUUGGUUUAAAGAUGAUGAACCACCCCAGAAGAAGGUUAAGUGCUUUAUGUAUUUAUUACCUAAAUCCUUGACUGACCCUGUGGAUUCUCUAUGUUAUGUGUAUGGAAGUAGUUUUUAAAAUAUUUAAUUUAAUUUUUAUUUUCUGAUAGAGCCUAAUAUAUGCUAAAAACAGGAGGGUUAAGCUUCAGAUAAGGUUUGAUUGCCCAUAACUUGGGAAACUAGUUAUAUAUUCUUGAACAAAGAUAAUGGCCUUCACUAAAAAAAUAAAUGUGUUGGGAUGAGCCGGCACUGCACAGAGAUGACCUGGGAGAACUGCAUGCCGCACUGUCACCGGAGUCUUAGUGCCGGCAAGGCAGUGGUGGAUUGAAGCAUUUUGCCUAAAAAACUCUAGGAACUAGACUUUGUUUAGUUUGUUUUGGGGGCUAACCGGUACAUGGCAAUAUUGAUUACUCUAAAUCAAUUUUAUGUCAUGUGCUAUCUUUAAAGCUAAAUUUUAUGAAACUAAAUAUUAUUUGUGCUGGUAAAAAGCAAAAAGUAAAAUUUAUAAUGUUAUAACAUGCAAGUAAUCUACAGUGUCUUGUAACAUCUGCUAAAACUGAAUUAUUUUGUACAUUAUGUGUGUCUUCAAGGUAUAGUAACAAUUACUUCUAUAGGAAAGGGAUCUAAUAGGCAUUUCUUUGCAAACCUAGAUAUGGGCAACUAACUGAAAUCUUCCUGACACGUGUUUGAUGUUCAUUUCUCUUAGAAUGUGUUACUUUGCUGAAAGCAGAUUCAAAGGCUAGGUCGAUUGAUCCCCUGCAAGAUACACUUGAAGGUUAAGUAACUACAGAUCUCAGCUAAUCCUGUGUAAUCUGCUGUUACUAAAUGGCCGUUUGUAUUCCUGGCACACCGGUUUCUGAAGGUUUAGGAUUUGGUUUUUACCUUUUGUCCAAAUAAAGGAGCCAUGCAUCUCUUUGCAAGUCUGUGCCUUGCGCUUAGCCUUUUGGAAAGAGUGAGCUGUUCGUGUCCUUCACAGUGCACCUGUGAUUAUCAUGGCAGAAAUGACGGCAUGGGAUCAAGGUCUGUGCUAUGUAGUGACCUGGAUAUGAACGAGGUACCUACCAAUUUCCCCGUGGACACUGUGAAGCUUCGCAUAGAGAAGACUGUUGUCCAUAGGAUCCCCGCUGAGGCCUUCUAUUACCUGGUGGAGCUCCAGUACCUCUGGCUGACCUACAAUUCUGUGGCCAGCCUUGACACCAGCAGCUUUUACAACCUGAAGCAGCUGCACGAGUUGCGCUUGGAUGGAAAUUCUCUGGCUGCUUUCCCUUGGACAUCUCUGAGGGACAUGCCCCGUCUGAGGACCCUGGAUUUGCACAAUAACAGAAUAACCAGUGUGCCAAACGAGGCAGUCAGGUACCUGAAGAACCUUGCCUACUUGGAUUUAUCAAGCAACAGAUUAACCACACUGCCUCCAGAUUUCCUGGAGAGCUGGUCCCACUUAGUUACAGCAUCAUCCAGAAGCCUGGACCUUUCACCGAGAAGAAUUAUUCUCGGUCUGCAGGACAACCCAUGGUUCUGUGACUGUCACAUUUCCAAAAUAAUGGCAUUGUCAAAAGUCGCUGACCCUGCAGUAGUACUUCUUGAUCCACUGAUGGUUUGUAGUGAACCGGAACGCCUCACAGGGAUUUUGUUUCAGCGGGCCGAGUUGAAGCAGUGUCUGAAGCCAUCAGUGAUGACCUCGGCCACCCAGAUCACGUCUGCUGUGGGCAGUAAUGUUCUGCUGCGGUGUGAUGCCACUGGCUACCCCACCCCACAGCUCACGUGGACCAGACCAGACAGCUCACCAGUUAAUUAUACAGUAAUUCAGGAAUCUCCAGGGGAGGGAGCCAGGUGGUCCAUAAUAAGCUUGACGGGCAUUUCUUACGCGGAUGCUGGGGAUUACAAAUGUAAGGCCAAAAAUUUGGCUGGGAUGUCAGAAGCUGUGGUUACUGUGACAGUGGUUGGUGUUGCCGCGACCACCGUGUCAUCAGACACUUCUGAAAGAGGAACUGGGGAUCACGCUGAGCAAGCGGGCCAGCUGGGAUCUAGAAGGUCUGCAUCUCUACCUGCUUCAUCGUUGUCUCCCUGGCCUUAUUCCUCCUCUUCUUCCUUCCCGGCUUCUUCCACUUUUCUUCCUAUUUCUACUUCGUCUCCUCCCUCCACUGCUUCCUUCUCCUUAUCUCCUUUCUUCUCCACCGUUUCUUCAGCCACACCUCCAAGCACUAGAAUAUCCACAAGCACCACCAUGGCCAGCCGGCAGUCACUCCACCCAGACGGGAAAAAAAAUGUCAAGGUGCAGAUGGGUGGCCGUAAGCUUCCCCCCGCUAGUGCAAGUAAAAGAGAGGAGCUGGCAUUGUUGGAUCGAGCCCUGCCGAUGGAAACGAAUGCCACGAUAGAAAAUCUCCAGGUAGUCAGCGAAACCAAAGAAAGCGUGAUUUUGACGUGGAACACCGUGAACACCACGCAGAACUCGGAAGUGAGCGUGUUGUAUUCCAAGUAUGGUGAGAAGGACCUGCUGCUGCUUAAUGCAGACUCCAGCAAGAACCAGGUCACCAUAAACGGCUUGUUGCCUGGUGGGCAGUAUAUAGCAUGUGUCUGUCCAAAAGGAAUGCCUCCCCUGAAAGACCAAUGUAUCACCUUUUCUACUGACAGAGUGGAAGAGGAAGGUGAUUCUCAAGGGUCUUUCCUUAUGGUGGUGAGUGGCGCUGCCUGUGUCGUUGUCUUACCGUUGAUUUUUUUCCUGUUGUACAAAGUUUGCAAACUUCAGUGUAAGUCAGACUCCCUCUGGGAAGAUGAUUUGGCAAAAGAGACGUAUAUCCAAUUUGAGACGCUGUCCCCCAGGUCGCAAAGCGUAGGGGAACUCUGGACGCGAAGGCCCAGAGAUGAUUCAGAAAAAUUGCUGCUUUGCUCUAGGUCAAGUGUGGAAUCGCAUGACUUUUAAAAGUGAGGGUUCUAGAGCACGGUAUUAUUGCUAAGGUUCUACAGCUCAGGCACAUGUGAACUCCACAAAAUUUCUUUCACAAAAUUAAGGGUCUAAGGGUAUAGUUGACCUUCUGUUUGGAUGACUUUUGGACACUUUCAUAUCCUUCGUGAAAAUCACAAAUGGAGUAUUUUUAAGUGUGUUUUAAAAAAUCAUGAGACUUCUGAACUGAAAAGACAAAUAAUUUUGAUUUUUGUUGUGGAGAAAAUGUCCAUAGAAAUAAUUUUU